UUUGGUUUCUGUGACGUCACUUCCUACGUUGGGGACCAGCUGGUUCAAGCUGCGGCGGGAUUGGGAAGCAGGAAAAGUGAAAAGUAAGAGCGGACUCAUCUGUUCUGAGGUUGUCAGAGUGAAGAGAACCCUCCCAGAAUUACUGACAGAACCUGCUGCUCCGUGAUGGACCGAACCAUGCAGACAGAAACUAACAGGAGAGGAUUUACGCAGCAUUUUGUUGAACGUCGCCUCUUGAAGCUCAGUGAUCUACAGAAAGAAGCUCGAGACGCAGGUUUGGACCACAAAUACCUGUACAGAGUAUACAUCCCAGAAUAUCCUAAACCUGAGUUCCAGGUGAGUCUUCUGAAACAUGACACUACAGGAUCAGGGUUAGAAGGGAUCAGGGAGGAUGGAGGCUUCAGGGAUCCAUAUGGAGGAUCCCUGAUAUGGUGGAGUCUGGCUGUGGGACCAGAGGAGAUGAAGGACGCUGAGCUGAGGCUCCUGGAGAAGACGUUCCCAGACCAGACGGAGGAGGAAGCUGCUGAGCAGCAGAACUUCCUGUGGAGGUUUGCCACCUCUCCAGCCUUCCUGGAGACGUCCCGGCUGGGCUCGUACCGCUUCACCUUCCCCCUGGAGGAGGUGCUGACGGCCUACAGAGACCAGUAUUGCUGUGGAGCCCAGCCCGUCAUGCGGAUGCACAGAACCGUGCUGUACACACAGGAAGUGAUGCACGUGGUUCUGGUCCACAGUCCAGCCAAUGAGGAGUUCUCCAGGCUGCCUUUGCUGAGUGACGACCCAGACGCUGUGUGCGUCUACAGAGACGGACGUUUUAUCUGGAGGCCAGAGGCCAUGUGCGCCAGUCACAGGUACAAGCUGAUCCACAGACACCAGACCAGGCAGAUGGACGCCUGGAGCAUCGAUCCUCAGUUUUACGUUUGGGAUCAUGUCGCUGUGGCUCUCCAUGUUGGUCAGAACCAGAUGUUAAAGUUUAAUCUGGAUCAGCUCAGAACCAACCUGAAGUUCUGCCAGCCAGACGUGGUGAACUAUGGCUCCAACGGUGAAGACCCAGAUGAUUUUGACGGCGCUAAAAGAAAAGUGAAGAGACUGUGGCCGGCAUGGAGCGGUCCUCUGGAGAUGCAGAGCUCCCUGAAGCAGAGUUUGACAGUUUCAGACGUCCAGCUGGUUCUGGUCGGCUGGCCCGGAGUGGGGAAGAGCUCCAGUGGGAACACCAUCCUGGGAAGAACGGCCUUCAGAACCAGCAGCGGUCCAAACUCAGGAGGAACCCGGUGCUGUCUGCAGAGAGCCACCAUCUUCAGCAGGGAGGUGACCAUCAUCGACACUCCUGGACUCUCGGCGCCGUCGGACCCUGAGGUCAGGAAGGAGAUCUUCAGAUGCAUCAACCUGUCGGCGCCUGCAGCCCACGCCGUCCUGCUGGUCCUCAGGCUGGACUUCACCACCAGGGCUGAGGAGACGGUGGAGCUCAUGGAGGAGAUGUUUGGGAGGAACGUCUGGAGCCGCACCCUGAUCCUCUUCACCCACCAGGACCGGGCUGAGCCACACAUCCAGAACCAGCUGCAGAGCAAUGGAGCUGAGCUGAAGGAGCUUCUUCUUGAGAAGGUUGACGGGUACCAGGUUCUGAACAACCAGCCGGACCACCAGGAUCCCCAGCAGGUCUGGGAUCUGCUGCAUGAGGUCACGAAGCGGCUCAGUGAGCAGAAAUAACGUCUGGAGUCUGCAGAGAAGUCCAGGUGGGAGAUCCUGAUUCACCUGUAGGUUUAAACCGUUCCCCCUCAGUCCAGAACCAAACCUGCAGGUCCAGAACUGAGCUGGACGGUAAAUAACGAUAAAUAUCCAUCCAUAGACGGAUAUGGAUGAUAGAAAAAAAGAGUUUAUAAAACGUUCAGUAGAAUAAAAGUUUUCCUUCCUGCUGCA